AUGGAAGUCUGCGACGAGCUGCGGUCGUUUGAGGUCACCGGCGUCUACCGCCUCGAUGGCACCAGCACCGGAGCCACUUUCCUCGACCCGGUCCGUCUCCUCAACGCGUCCUACCAGCGCUUCCGCAUCGUCCCUUCUGCGUACUACUCCCGAAGCUUCGGCCCCCCGCAUCAGGAAGGCGAGCCAGAGAUUGAGCGGCCCGAGAAACGGAGGAAGCGCAAGGGUAAUCAGAAGCCGAAGUCCAGGGAGCUCAAUCCCAUGGAGCAGAUCGCUGAAGCCCGGCACCAGGAAGCGAGGCCUUUACUGUUGAAAGCACAUGAAUCACUCAUUAAGGCUAAACAUCUACUGGAGUACAUUUCCAAGACAAUCAAAGGCAACGAGCACACACUUGAUGCAGGAAGUGGUUCUGAGAAUAAUUUCGUUGAGCUUGGGACCUCAUGGCGAGCACCUUUCUAUGAGAUCACUCUUUGCUUCCGGAAACCCCAUGUUCAGGGCAAUGAGGAAGGUUCCUUUCAUGCCCAAAAGACAUCAUUUCCUCUAUUUAAUAGCAUAAUCAGUGUUGAAGGGAUCGACGAGGCAGAAGGAGAAUUCCAGAAUAGGCAUUAUAUUUUACCAAGAGAAAGUUGCUUCUUGAUGACUGACUUCAAACGGGUUAGAGAUCUCAUUCCUUGUAGUCCAAAUCAAGGGUAUAAUCUUAUAGUUAUUGACCCGCCUUGGGAGAAUGGAUGCGUUCGUCAGAAAGAAGCGUAUCCUACACUUCCCAACAGAUAUUUGUUGUAUCUUCCAGUGCAAGAACUUGCCCAUCCAGCCGGAGCGCUUCUUGUUUUGUGGAUUACAAAUAGGGAGAAACUGCGGGCAUUUGUUGAGAAAAAACUGCUUCCUUCUUGGGGAGUGAAAGAUCCCACCGUGUUUUAUUGGCUUAAGGUGAAACCUGAUGGUUCUCUAAUUGGUGAUUUAGACUUGUUCCAUCACAGGCCUUAUGAGUGCCUCCUCCUUGGCUACAUAAAUGUUAACACAAAUGCUAAGCAAGGGUCGAACUUCAAGUUUUUAGAAGGAAGCCAAGUGGUGAAGAACACCCCAUCUCCAGAUGAGUGGGCCAUCUGCCAGUGCUGA